UGCAAUUCUAGAAGAAAAGAAAAAACAAAACAAAUAUCCAUUUAAUGUUACAACAUUGUUGAUUAUUUAUUAAUUAAAAAAAAAAAGAAAUCAAAUACAAAUACGUUUCAAAAUGCUGAAUAUGAAGAAAAUAUUGAGCAUAUUAUUGAUAAUUUCAUUGACGGGUCUGACAUGGGCCGAUCUAUCAACGGUGGAAAAGAUUCGGAAACACAAAGAAUGGCUUAAGCAGCGGAAUCGAGAACGCAACAAUCAUCUCUCAAAUUUUGAUGCUCAGCAAAAGUCGGUGGAACUUUUAAAUUUAUGGCGUUUUGAUAACACUAAAACUGGCGAUGAUGAUCCGCGGGCCAAUGAUGUGUAUCCGGAGAAUGAAAGGAUUUUGAAACCGGUGUUUAUAACCACAACACCUACAACAACAACUUCCUCAACGACGACAACCACAACUACAACGACACCAAAACCCAGGACAACAACAACUCCCAAAACAACAACUACCAGCCGUAGACCUCCGACAAGUACCACUACCCGUCGCGCCCCAACAACAACAACAGCGGCCUCAUCCACCCGCUAUUCCUUGCUACACCAGCCAAGAUUCCGGCCAUAUCCCUCGGAUACAUUGAGUAAUGAUAUUUUGGAGGCGACACAAGUUAUUGCCACCCCAACAAGGACAACUAGCACAACAACCACAACUACGACAACAACAACAACACCUAGACCCACAACCACGAUAAUGCCUACGACCACUACGUCUACCACAACAACCACUACCACCACCAGGAAACCCAGGCCACGCCCCUAUCCUCGCUGGAAUGACUGGAGCGAAUGGAGCGAGUGUUCGCGUAGCUGUGGCGGUGGGGUUCGUUACCAGCAAAGAAAAUGCAUCAAUCGCAAUUCAUCCAAUGGCAAAGUGUAUUUGAGCAAAAAUUGUAUUGGUGUCUACAAGCGCUAUCAGCUAUGUAAUGAUGUGCCUUGUCCAUCCUCUGUUCAAGAUUUCCGUUCGGAACAAUGUUCGGCAUACGAUGAGGUUGAUUUUCAGGGCCAGCAGUAUUCGUGGGAACCCUAUGUGAAAGACGACGCCGAGUGCGAGCUGAACUGCAAGCCGGUGGGUAUGAAAUAUUUCGCCACAUUAAAUGCCUCCGUAUUGGAUGGCACCCCCUGCGAGAAGCCCGCUGAAUAUUAUCGAUCGAAUUAUCGUGGACGGGCCAUGUGUAUUGAGGGUAUAUGUAAGGCAAUUCAUGCCGGUGGUAUUGUCACCGGUCUCUCGGCCAACAGUGGAGCUGUUGCCUGCGGUGGCCUCUUGUGUCGUCCUCUGACUGGCCUCUAUACUCGCGACCCAUUGCCUGAAGAUGCCUACAUCCAUGUGGCCAUAAUACCAGCUGGAGCUUCGAAUAUUUCCAUUACGGAAUUGAAGAAUAGCAUGAAUUUGUUGGUGCUACGAACCGAAGACCAGAAAUAUGUUUUCAACGGUGACAAUACCAUGUCCGAUAGUGGGGUCUAUGAGGCAGCUGGUGCCGUCUUCGAUUAUCAUCGUUUGGAUAGUCUGCAGGAACAAAGUGAGGGCGUAACGGAAUGGGUCACAUGCACCGGACCCAUUAGAGAGAGUUUGGAAUUAAUGAUCUACAGUAAAACCGUUAAUCCUGGCAUUAAAUAUGAGUACCUCCUGCCCAUUACCUCAGAUUCGGAGGAGAAUGAAGUUUCGGUGGAAACCGAUGGUUUUUUGAAGUCGGCCAAUGAUGAGGCCAUAAUCAAUGCCAAUAGGCCGCUAAGGAAGCGCCGUUACAAUUGGAAGGUUGUAGGUUUCAGUGCUUGUUCCAAAUCAUGCGGAGGUGGCAUGCAGUCGCCCAUAAUUAAAUGCGUGCGGGAAAAUCCCCUGCGCUACUAUUCUCAGCGGCGAUGUGCUCAUUCGGAAAAACCCAUGAUCAAUGAAAAUCUUCUGAGAUGCAACACCCAGCCAUGUCCGGCAUUUUGGCGUCUGGAAGAUUGGGGUGAAUGUCGCUGUCAUCAGGGUGAGGGUGGUGUGAGGGAGCGGGAGAUAAAUUGUGUCCAAGAAUUAGCCUCCGGCGUGGUGGUGCAUGUUGAUGCGGCCGCCUGUAUGGAAGAGAAACCUGUGGCCAAAAAGCCCUGUGACUGUCCCAAAAAUCGACGACGCAGCAAUAAUGUCCGCUAUCGCAUUCAUGGCCUCAGUCCCAAUUCGUCACACACUGGAAAUAAAAAUAAUCGCGAUAAGGCUGGCGUAUGGCUAAUGUCGGAUUGGAAUCAAUAUUGCUCUUCGGACUGCGGACCCGGUACCGAAUAUCGUACCAUUUACUGUGAUCGCACCAAAUCCAAUCCCGAUCGAUGUGAUGUGCGCAAUGCUCCCGAAACGACAAGAAUUUGUGAUCGUGAAGAGUCGUGCGAUACAGGCGAAUGGUUUGCCGGCCCCUGGUCACCCUGCAACGGCAAUUGUUUCAAUUUGACCAGGACUCGACAGGUCUUGUGUAUUGAGAAUCAACUGAUAUUGGAAGAUGAGGAUUGCAAGGCGGAAUUGAAACCCACCACAGUGGAGAAAUGUUCUCACGAAGAAGUGGAAUAUUGCGGACCCAGAUGGCAUUACUCGGAGUGGUCAGAGUGCACCAAAACCUGUGAUGGUGGCACCCAACGGCGUUCGGUCAAAUGCUUGGAAUACAGCGAACAGGAAAAUGCCCUCAAGGAAUCGAACAAGUGUCGCUAUUCCAUCAGGGAGCCAAUUUACAGAAGCUGUAACACACACAAAUGUGAAGAUCUCCGCUAUGAACAGCUACAGAACGACGAUGCCAUUAUUUUACCCUGUACCGAUGUCUUCAGCAAUUGUGCGUGGGCCGUCAAGGCCAAACUAUGCAGCUAUGAGUAUUAUAAGCAAAAAUGUUGUUACUCUUGUAAUUAAGUAGGAAAGUGAGAAAGAAAGAGAGAGAGAGGAAGAGAUAGUGGGGAGAGAAAAAUAAUCAUUUCCAUAAGGUUUUAAUGGCAGUUGCUGAAAUUUUCAUUCGAAAAACACUUCUCACAAAAAUUUUUCCUAAACUGUCUAAGAUUUUUCGGGUAUUCAGACACUAGCUAUUUUCUGCAAAAGAAGUGGAGACCAUAAGAAGAGAAGAGAGCAUAUAACUAUUCUCCAUUACUCUCCUCUCCUACAAAAUCAACUUCCUUUAUUCAUUCGUUCAGUAUCUGCUUCCCAAUAACUAUAGAUGUCAAGUGAGAGUUCGAGAGCCAUUCUAUAAAAAUUAAACUUCUCUCCCCCCCAACACCCUCUGAGAAAAUUCUAAGUGUUCACAAGCAAGCCGGACGAAGAGAGAGAGCAAAAAUUUUGUAAUUUAAUAAUAAAAAAAUUCUAAAUGUAAGUUAA